CGAAGCGUACAAGACCAAGUUCAGUGAACACACCAGUGAGAAGGGUCAUCAAUAAUCAUCGCUGCCACUGAGAAGUUAUCAGUUAUUGUUUGCCUCGAUUAGAAAAAUGUGGAAAUGUUUAAUUUCAAUUGUUUUGGUUCCACUAAUAACAGCUUACAUUUUUGAAGAGUCUUUGGGUAAAAUUGGUACAAAAGUUGACCCAUUGAUUACCGAAAAUGCUGUGAAUGAUUUGAUGCACAGGCUCAUUGGCAAAAAGUCAACUUUAUUUGUUGUUAAAAUCAUUCCUGAACUUUUACAAGAUGGUAAAGAUGUGUUUAAGGUGAAAAAAUUAAAUUCUUCUGAGUUGGUUAAUAUAGCAGCUUCUAGUGGUGUUGCUGCAGCAUGGGGAUUUCACCAUUAUUUAAAAGAAUUCUGCAAUUGUCACAUUUCAUGGGAUGGCGAUCAACUAAAUCUACCAGCCGAAUUCCCAAAUGUUGACAUUACUGUAGUCGCUAAUGAUAAAUUCCGCUACUAUCAGAAUGUCUGUACGACCAGCUACAGCUUCGUAUGGUGGAACUGGACGAGAUGGGAGCGCGAGAUCGACUGGAUGGCCAUGAACGGUUUCAACCUCGCUCUUGCUUUUAACGGCCAGGAAGAGGUCUGGCGGUCAGUCUAUAUGCAACUCGGCAUGUCGAAAAGCGAUAUUUCUGAGCACUUCAGCGGGCCCGCUUUUCUUAGCUGGAAUAGGAUGGGGAAUAUGCGAGGUUGGGGCGGCCCACUGUCUCUGAGUUGGCACAAGUCAAGUUUCUACCUUCAAAAAUCAAUUUUGAACAGGAUGAGACAACUGGGCAUAAUCCCUGUACUACCGGCCUUCGCUGGACAUGUUCCAAGGGCUUUUGACAAAUUAUUUCCCGACGCAAAUCUUACACUACUUCCAAAUUGGAACAACUUUGCUGAUGAGUAUUGCUGCCCGUAUCUUUUGCACCCACAAGACCCUCUAUUCCAAAAAGUUGGAAAAUUGUUUUUAAGACAAUAUAUAGCAAAUUACGGUACUGAUCAUGUAUACAACUGUGACACCUUCAAUGAGAUGAGACCCACGUCUGAUGACCCAAAAUUUAUAAGAAAAAUUGGAAAGUCCAUUUUUGCAUCUCUAUUGAAAGAGGACCCUCAUGCAGUAUGGAUGCUCCAGGGCUGGGUGUUCAAACAUGACUACUCAUUUUGGACGCUGGAAAGAUCAGAAGCUUUAAUCACUUCAGUACCCAGAGGGAGAUUGUUAAUUCUGGACCUUCAGGCUGAGCUCAAUCCUCAAUAUAUCCGCUUGAAAAACUUUUUCGGGCAGCCGUUUAUCUGGUGUAUGUUGCACAACUUUGGCGGUACACUUGGCAUGCACGGAUCCGUAGACUACAUAAAUGAAAACGUCUUCAAGGCAAGGAAUGCAACCAACAGCACGAUGAUCGGGACCGGCCUCACUCCAGAAGGCAUUAAUCAGAACUAUGUCAUUUACGAUUUGAUGAUGGAUAUGGCCUGGAGAAAGUCACCGACUAAUCUUGUGAACUGGCUGAGCAAGUACACAACAAGGAGAUACGGACAAUUUAAUACAAACAUUCUUAAUGGAUGGAUUUUAUUAAAGAAUUCAGCAUACAACUAUAUAGGAAAUGAUUCUCAACAUGGAAAGUAUAUUUUUACACAGCUGCCUUCUUUAAAGCUUAAAUCAAAAAUAUGGUUCAAUGAGUCGAUGGUUUAUGAAGCUUGGACUUAUAUACUACAAGGUUCAACGAAGCUGAAUUUAAUUACAAAUACUUUUAAGUAUGACUUAGUUGACCUGACAAGAGAGUCAUUGCAGUUGAUGAUGGGGACUGUUUAUAAAGUUAUAGUCAAUUCUUUUAAAAAAAGAGAUAAACCUUGCUUCUUUGAUGCGACAAAUAUUUUUAUGAAAUUGAUUUAUGAUUUGGAACAAAUUCUUGCUUCAGAUGAGCAUUUUUUAUUAGGAAGGUGGUUAGAAGAUGCAAAGCUGGCGGCAUACACACCGGCUGAUGAAGUACUUUUUGAAAUGAAUGCAAGGAAUCAAAUCACUCUAUGGGGGCCACAAGGAGAAAUAGCCGAUUACGCCACGAAACAGUGGUCAGGUAUUGUAGCUGACUACUACACGCCGAGAUGGUCUUUGUUCUUCGAAUGUCUUUCAGAAGAUCUGAACAUGAUCAAACCCUUUAACAACUCUCAGUGUUCAAAUAAAAUCUACAAUGAAGUCGAAGUGCCGUUCACGUAUAGUAGAACUCGUUAUCCAAUUUAUGCAAAAGGCGACUCAUUGGCUUUGGCGAGAGAAAUUCAUGACAGAUGGAUACAGAAUAAAGACCGGAUUUGUACAUAAACAGAAUCUUUCAGAAUCCUAUGACCUGGAAAUGUAUUUAUUUUAUGUACAUUAUGUUUCAUCUAUAAAGUAUUAUAAGUCGUUCAGUGCACAUAUAUCGCUUACUGUAAAAUAAAAAUAAAAUAAAAAAGAUAAAAAUACUUUUUUUUGGGGGGGGGGA